UGGACGUCAGGGACUUCGGGCCAAGCUGGCGCUCCGGCGUGGCCUUCCAUGCCAUCAUUUUCGCCCUGCGCCCCCAGCUGGUCGACAUGGAGCGCGUGUGGAACAGCCCGAACAGAGCCAACCUGGAGGAGGCCUUCACGCUGGCCGAGAGGGAGCUGGGGAUCCCACGGCUUCUCGACCCCGAGGAUGUGGACGUUGAUAAGCCAGACGAACGGUCCAUUAUGACAUAUGUGGCUCAGUUCCUGAAGCAUCACCCAGACCCCCAGGAGACAGAAACGGCGGGGCAGCAGGACGAGGAGCAGAGAAAGACCCUGAGGGAGUUGAAGGUGUGGGUUGAACAGUUAGAGAGAGACUGUGCACAGGCGCAGAGGGAAAAGGGAGACCUCGGUCAGUUGUACCAGUGCUUUAAGCGCUACCGUGUGCAGUAUGAGCUGAGGAGGAGACAGGUGGAAACAUGCAUGCAGUCCAUGCAGAAGGGUGGCAUACUGACUUCAGAUCAAGCCCUGGUUAAGCAGGCCUGGGAGAGACUGUCUGCUAGGCUCCUGGACUGGCAUCUGCAGUUGGAUGGUGCUUUGCCCAACCCUCUGGGUGAGGCAGCUCUGUGGCUCCACCAGGUGGAGAGGAUUUUAACGGAGGAGCUUCUCCCCAGGCAGACGCACGAUGACACCGCCGCUGCCGUCCACAAAACCCAGCAGCGGCAUAAGGAGGUUCUUGGGCAACUUGAAAUGCACCAGCAGACAUUCCAGGGUCUCCACAGAGACGCGAGCGUUGGUGGUGCUCGUGUUCCUGAGGAUCAGCUUCAGGACCUGGCAGAGAGAUUCAACUACAUAGCUACAGCCUCGCACGCUCAUUUGAGCAAACUGGAAUUCUGGGAGUUGAAGUACCGUAUGCUGGCUUUUCUGUCACUGGGCGAGUCCAAGCUAAAAUCCUGGAUCAUCAAAUAUGGACGGCAGGAGACGGCAGAGCAUCUGCUGCAAGACUACGUGUUGUUUGUGGAACGUCAGCAGUUCUUCCAGAAAUACGACUCCGUCUGCGAGGCGCUGAAGCACGCCGCCGCACUCUACAUAAACGCCGACAGCUCAGUCGAGGAGGGCGUGAGGCGGUUCCUGAGGGAUGUAGCAGAUCAGUGGAGGAGUCUGUCGGUGGAGGUGCGCAGCGUUCGGUCCAUGCUGGAGGAGGUGCAUGGCAACUGGGACAAAUACACCAGCAGUGUGUGCUCACUACAGGUCUGGCUGGAGGAUGGCCAGGGAGCUCUCCGACAGCCUGAGAACACCAAACGAGAGUUCUUCAAGACUCUCCCACACUGGAUGGAGCAGCAUGCCAUCAUGAACGAUGCAGGAAACUUCCUCAUUGAGACGUGUGAUGAAACAGUGUCCCGUGACAUAAAGCACCAGUUGCUUCUCCUCAAUGGCAGAUGGCGAGAUCUGUUCAGCAAAGCCAGACAGUAUGCCCGUGUCAAUGAGACUCACUCUCAGAGUGAGAAGGAACAGAAGGAGGCUACUACGGCUCUCAAAGACUUUCUAGAAGCAUCUAUGGCCAAACUUACCUCCCUUGUGCAGGUGUCGCUGCCUGACGUCAGAACCUUCAUGCAGGAUGUGGAGGAGAUCAUGGACAGGCUCCCAGCCAUUGAGGCCCAGUAUAAGACGGCUGCCCGCUCUGUCCAGCUCCGGUCCGGAGUCAGUGGCGAUGGUUCUGAAGCGCUCUCGGCGGUGGCAAAGAUUAAAGGGCUGCUGCAUAAGAUGAAGGAGAAGUGUCCGGGGGUUCUGAAAGAGUGUCAGACUAUGCUGCCAUUACUGGAGGAGCUGGAGAGACAGAUCUCUGCCUUCUACCAGACUGCAGAGCGUACCGGCCACAUCAUCACGCAGCCGCACGACCAGCACAAGAACCAGGAGCUACUGGCCCAGCAGCAGAGCUGUAAGCGGUGUGUGUGCGCAGUGGAGCGCAGUUACCUGGCCCUGCAGAGGGCUCUGUGCUGCACUAAAAACCUCUACAACUUUGACCCAUCGCUUCUGCAAAACAGGGUCACCGAGCUCCAGACCACUGCACAGGCCCUCAUCCAGGAGGCACUGGAGUGGAGGAGGGUGGCGGAAGCCGACGGAAACCUCACCCGGAGGUUCGAGGAGUCCCGUGCCGAGCUGGAGAAGGUCCUGCAGGUGGGGCAGGCGUGUCUGAAGGAGCACGGGGACCCGGCCAAGCUCUUCAGCAAGCACAGCGAUUUUUUUGGCCGGUUGGACCAGCGAGUUUUGAAUGCCUAUCUGAAGGCAUGUGAUGAGCUCACUGACAUCUUACCUGAGGAGGAACAGGAAGGCCUCCAGGAGUCUGUCAGGAAGUUGCACAAACAGUGGAAGGAUAUACAGGCUGAAGCCCCCGCACACCUUUUGAGGCUGAAAGCAGAAGCGGAGCGGCGCAGAGUGAUGACAUCACUGCAGGAGUGCAGGGCGGAGCUGAAGAGAGAGGACAAGGCCCUGGUCACAGUGGGCAGCGAGAGAGUGAUCGGAGAGCACAGGGCCUUUUUCAGGCAGAAGGACCCCUUCUUAGUGUGCGAGCGGAGAAUAAUAACUAUGGAACAGCUCUGCCAGAAACUUCCGGAAAAUGAUCCAAUGCAAAAAGCACUGCUAGAGACCAGAGGUCAUCUGUCAGAGGUCAAAGGCGAUGUGGAAUGUGCUCUUGUGAGACUCCAGCAGCACCCAGACAAAUGGAGGCAGUGGCAUGCCAGGUUCCAGGAACUCUCUGGCUGGCUCUCUUCACGGCAGGCAGCGCAGCGAGGUGGAGAUCGCUCUCCUGUGCAGGGUGGAGAGCUGAAGGCUCCCGAGGAGGCGCUGGGCUGGCUGAGGGUCCGUCUGAAUGCGCUGGAGGAGCUGAGUACUGAUGCGGAGGUUCUCAAGCAGCGGGUGGCCCUGGAGGAGCUCGCUAGCCAACUAACCCUUCUCUCCUCUCUAGAUGAAGAAAUGUCUUUGGAUGGGCACAGUGAGAGAGGAGGGGAGGAGGAGCUCCAGGCUUUGGGGCACAGCAGGAAGCCCGAUGCAGAGCACAUCCCAGAAGCCAAACAGCUGCUGCUGAUCCACCAGCAGACUCUGGAGUCCCGGAGGAGGCAGGAGGAGGAGGCAGAGCCGCAGGGACCCGGGACUCGCCCAGCAGUGGUGCAGAUCGAGCCUGGCGAAGAAGGCCACGCUGGGGCACGUCAGGAUGAGCAUCUGCAGGCCACUGUGAAUGCAUGGCAAGAGUUUGUGCUGGAGAGGGAGCAAGUUUGGCAGUUUGUGUGCAGUGCCACUCCUAUCCUGCAGAGGGAGCUCAUCUUCAGCAGCCUGGAAAACCUCACGGCCGAACUUGAUUAUGCUAGACAGCUCCAUGUGCAGACUGGGGCAUUCGUGGAGAAGGCUCGGUCACUGGGGAAGACAGCAGCCGAGAUGAAGCUGCGACCCCAGAACCGUUCCCUGCUGUCCAAUCAGUCCCAGGCUGCUCUGGAGAAGAUGCAGGAGGUGCAAGCCGGUCUCGAGAAAAAGACGCUGGAGCUUGAAGAGAUGCAUAUGCAGUGGGAACGUUUCAACAGUGGGUUCAGAGCAUUCGCUUCCCGGGUGCGUGAGACAGAGAAGGAGGUGGAAGAAGUUCACUGGAACUCGGCUUCGUUUGUCCAACAGACUGGCAGUGUGGAGGUAGCGAAGGCCGGCUUAGAGGAGAGGACGAACAUCUUGAGUCAGUUGGAGGAGGAGUGUCGCGGUCUGAGCCGAUUUGUCACCCCGGGGAAGGCGGAGCAUAUUAAAGCGCGCUUAUUACAGAUCGGCCAGCAGUGGGAGCAGCUCAGGAGCGGCGUGAAGCGACAAGAGGCCGAACUUCGGGCCGGCUCUUCUCUGAAGAGGGAGUUCAUCGAAGAGCUGGAUGAGGUGAAAAAUGGAGUGGAAGAGCUUGCACACAAGUUGAACGACCCAGUUACUUCCUGUACCUCAUCAUCAAGAACAUACCAAGCCCUGCAUGAUCAUAUGGAUGUCUGGCAGGAGCUGAAGCAGCUCCAGCCCAGGCUGGUGGCACUGAGCUUGGGCCUGAGAGAGCUGUCUGAUGGGGGUCAGCUGGAGAAGGAGGUAGCAGAGUUCCAGCGCACUUACGCGGAGCACUCAAGCGACGCCGCCAGUAAACAGGCCUUGUUGGAAGAUCUGCUGACUCUGUGGCAGAAGUAUGAAAGGGAUCUCUCAGCCCUGCAGGGAUGGCUGGGUAGGUGUGAAUAUCUCUGUAAUGCUGAUACUCCAUACCUGACCACAGACAAAGCCAGGCUUCACAGUCAGCUACAAAUGCUGCAGGAUCUGCAGUCUGAGCUGCCUUCUCAGGAGGCUUUGUUAGAGAAGCUGGAGAUGCAGGCUGAAUCCCUCUACCCCACGGCAUCAGAACGAAAGGCAGAACUCAGAGAAACCCACUGCAGCCUAGAGGAGAGGUGGUGCUCCCUCAGUACAAACAUACCACUCAGGAUUCAGGAACUUCAGGCCCAUCUUGCUCAGCUGGAGCAGUUUAACCAGGCCCUGAUGGCUCUCACCCAAUGGAGUGAGAACUUUCUUGGGCAGCUGAGAAGCAAAUCCAAAGUCAUUAUUGAUGACUUGACCUCUGUCAGUAGCCAGAUUAAGGAUGAUGAAGCUCUUCUCCAGACCCAAAAAGAGGCAGCAGCUGGCUUGCAGCAGCACGUGCAAACACUUGGACCCUCUCUAGCUCCUCUGGACCUCCAGUGCCUCCAGGCCAGAAAGGAAGACUGUCUCCAACCCUACUGCGAGGCCCAGAGCCUGGUGCAGCGCCGUGGCGAGGCUCUGGUUAAGCUUGAGGCCUUCUUGGUAACCUACAAAUCAGCCACUAGCUCUCUACGGACCCUCCAGGCAGCAGUUGAAGGGCAGGGGAGCUGGGAUCAAGCCAAGGCUGGGCACCUGAGCCAGGAACUCGGGCACAUGGCCCAGGAGCUAGCCUCCCUGGAGGUCCAAGCUAUGAGCUUGGAUAGCGGUCUGAGCAAGGCAUGCCUGCAUCUGCACCGCAGUGAUGGAGACAGAGCCUCCUGCCGGGGGCUGGUGGAUGAUCUGGGAACGGGCCUCCAGACUCUACAGCGGAACAUGGGGUCAAGGCAGAGUGAGGCAGAGGCAGUAGCAGCCAUGUGGAGCUCCUUCAGGGGUAGGAAGGAACUGCUUCUGAGGAGCCUGGAGGAGCUGGAAGAGAGAGCUAGAACAACGUGGUUCACGGAGCCAAGCACACAGAGCUUUCAGCAGAGGCUUUGGAUGCUAAGCCAGUUGGAGGAGGAGCUUCAGGCCCUGCAGCACAGCCAGCAGUGGUUAGGGGAGCGAGGGGAACAGCUGGCCCACAGGGACUGUGAGCUGGCUGGGGAGGCGCAGCAGGAUGUAGCCUUGGUCCAGUGCACCUGGAAGAGGAUCAGGAAACUCAUCUCUGAGGAUCAGGAGCAGUGUGGAGAGUUGCUGGAGGUUUGUAAGGAAUACCAGACGCUUAGGUCCAAGAUCAGCUCUGUCAUUGAGAGGGCGCAUGCCGUGGUGCCAGCCCAGUCCGGCCGGAACAACCCCGAGGACGUCCAGAGGGCCUUGACCCGGCUGGAGGCAGUGCGACUGGAGUUGGCAGACACUCAGGAGGAACUGAAUCUGUUCGUCAGUAAAGGCAAGCGCCUCAUCAGCGAGCUGAGGAAGCUUCCGGAAGACGUGGGAGAAAGCGUGCGCACCGAGAUGGACACCAUUGUGGACUCGUGGCUGGAUACAUCUGAGAAGAUAGAUGAGAAGACCAGUGUCCUUGCGGUUUGUGUCGUGCUGUGGAACGAGAUUAACUCGAUCACCAACGACAUUGAGUGCUGGAGCGCCACGUCUGUGAAUGAGCUUAGCGAGGGCGCCGUUAACCUCCUCGCCGGCCCUGACACGGAAGAGCACCUCGCUCGGUUUAAGCUGGAGCUGGAGGCUAAGGAGGAGGUACUGGAGAGCCUACAGGGGAAAAUGACCGAACUGCGACAGGUGCUGAAGACCGAGCAAACACCUGCUCAGCUCCAGGCAAUGGAAGCUGACCUGAGGAAGAAGAUCUUACAUGCCAGGGAGGUUUAUGAGCAGGCCAGGACGAUCCUGGUGGACUUCAACUUCCAGAGGCAGCAGCUCAAGGAUGUCAUUUCCCAGGUGGCUGAGCAGCUGACGACUAUUGAGGACACAUUGUCAGAGCUAUCGCAGAUGUCUGACCCAGAAAAUGUAGCCAAGAUAAAGGACAUCCAGCGGGCUCAGAAGCAGGCGGACAGUAGUUUGGACGUGGCGAGCGAGUCUCUCAGGGCACUGUGCAGGGCUUACCCAGCCCAGCAGCUCUCGUGCCUGGGUAAGGACAUCACCGGCCUGGUGAAGAGGAGCGAGGCUGCGAUGCAGCACUCCAGCCGGAUCCUUGUAAUGCUGCAGGAUACGCUAGUGCAGAGUUUUAAUGAGCUCACACAGGGUUUCCACCACUGGCUCUCAGAGCUGAGGGCAGAAGCGGAAGACUGUGAGCAAGCAGGAGACGCCCCUGACGUUGCAACACAGCUGCAGAAGCACAAAGAGGUGCUGGAGCGGGCGGGGGAGGGUGAGGAGCGCAUAGCCAGGCUGCGUGAAGAAGGAGAUAAACUCCUGCACUACCUGUCCAAAAGCGGAGCUGGAGUGGUGCAGGAGCGCCUGGCCUCCUGUCAGCUGGCCUUGGACGAACUGGUGGGCACGUGCAAACAAACACUGCGCAAUCUGGAGGAGAGCGCCGCUCUACAGGAUGGGUUUGAGGCCCGUGUUGAGGAGGUGCAGGACUGGCUGCUCCAGAUGAGGGUGCGGCUGCAGAAGGAGCCCGCUCUGUGGUGGGAGGAGCGGCCAGGAGCCCCCGACUGCUCUGCAGAGCUGGAGAGGAUGGAAGCCCUUCACAAACAGCUGCUAACGAGGAGGGCAUCUCUCGAGCGCCUCUCUCAGGCUUCUCUUGCCCUGCCUGAGAGCGGCCAAGGGGCAGGCUUGGCAGCCAGCCUCUACCUGGAGAAGCUCCUCUCCUCCCACCAGGACCUCCUUCAGGGGGCCUGGGCCCAGCUUCGGAGCCUCCAGGAGUACCAGGCCUUCGGGGAGGCGCUGAGGACUGUGGGUGACUGGCUGGAGGAGGUGGAGGAGAAGCUGGAGAAGCUGGAGAGCACAGAGGGGAAUAAAAAGGAGGUGGAGGACAGACUGCAGCAGGUGCAGGAUAUCCUGCUGAUGAAGGGUGAAGGUGAGGUAAAGCUUAACAUGGCUGCUGGUAAGGGAGAGCUCGUCAUCAAGAACAGUGUGGAGACCCAACAGGAAGUAAUCCGUUCUAGGCUCCAGGAAGUGAUCCGCUCUAAGCUCCAGGAAGUUGAGGAGACAUGGGCAGCGCUACUUUUAAGGGCCAUUAGCUGCCACAGCCGUUUGGAGUGGACCGUGAAUCAGUGGGAGCUGUUUGUGGAGUCGCGGGCCCAGCUGCAGGGCUGGUUGGAGGGGGUGGAGGCCGAGGUGAAGGGCCCUCUGGAGCCUCAACUGGGGCUGAGAGAGAAGAGACAGCAACUGGAAAGGCUGUGCUUGCUGUCAGCUGAUGUAGAGGACCACCAGGGGGCGCUCUGCUAUCUGGAAGAGAGUGCAGCCGAGCUCUACAAGCGCACCAGGGACCCCACCUUCAAGGAAGAGGAGACUGCUCUCCUCAGGGCGCAGUUUGAUGAUGUUAGAGCUGCGGCAGAGGAGCGAGUCAGACUUUCAGAAGGCGUCGUUUUUGAGCAUGAGAAGUACAUGGGCACAGUGAGAGAGCUCACUGAUUGGCUAAUGGACAAAGGGGAGGAGCUUCAGCGUUGUUCAGACCCAUCUGGUGACUCCGCCUCCAUUCAGCAGAAGCUGGUGGAAGUUCGGGAGCUGCUGGCGCAGGGAGCACGCGAGGGGCGUGAGAGGCUGCGCCGCGUGCGACUCAGCGCGGAGCGCGCGGGAAGGCUGACGGGGGCUGCCGGCUGCGAGCUGAUGGACGCCGAGGUGCUGGCGCUGGCUCGCGCGCUGCAGCAGUGGGAGGGACAGGCGCUCCGGGCGCGCGACUGCCUGGAGACGGCCGGCGCCGCGGCGAGCAGGGCCGAGCAGGAGCGGGCGCAGCGGACAGAGCGGCUGGAGGCGGAGACGGAGCGGCUGGAGAAGCGGCUGAACGAGUGGGGCGAGGGGCUGAGCCGCUCCGAGCGGCGGAACAGCGGCGCGGCAGCGGUGGAGGGCUGGACGCUGGCGAAGGGUGUUCUGGAAGGCCUGCAAGCAGCUGAGGUAAUGGAAGAGGCACUGAAGACUCAACUCAACGAACUGUGUGGCUUCUCAAGCGAUCUUGGCCCUCAGUCGGAACGGGUCAGCGCGCUCAUCAAACUACACAACAGCCUUGGCCUGCGGGCCUUCAGGGAGUGUCAGAGCAAGGAGAAGCUCCUGGAGCAGCGCUUCCGCUCCUCGCUGCGCGAUUUCCGCCAGUGGCUCGUCAACGCCAACAUCUCCACCGCCAAGUGCUUCGACUCGCCGCACAGCGUUCAGGAGACCUCCAGCGCCCUGCAGAGGAUUCAGGAGUUCAUGGGUGAUGAGGAGCAGGGCCAGGCCCGACUAAACGCUGUCCUGGCACAUGCCGAGCAGCUCGGGGCGGUGGUGUCUGCUGACAGGGUGGAGGCGGUCCGGACCAAAGCCUGCACUGCCAGUGAGGACUGGAGGAACCUGAUGGAGAACCUGCAGCACAGACAGACUGUAUUACAGGGUCUGCAGUCGCAGAUGCAGGACUUCGAGGCAGGUCUGGUUCCUCUUCAGGACUGGAUAACCAGAACGGAGGUCACCGUUCAGGAGAGCAGCGCCCGUCUCCAUGACCUCCCAGCCAAGAGACUGGAGCUCAGCAAACUCCAGUCCGUGCUGGAGGAGCUGACCUCCAGGGAGCCCGAGCUGGCGGCGCUGAGGGAGCGAGCCCACGGCCUGUGGGAGGGACGCGCUGCUGGGAAGGGCUUCGUGCACCGCGUCUGCCAGCUGGCAGCGCGCUACCUGGCCCUGAGCAACCGGACCAAGGAGAAGGUCUCCCGAAUAGAGCGUGUGGUGGGGGAACACCAGCUCUUCUCCCAGGGCUUGCAGGAGCUUCAGGGCUGGGUUUCGGUGGCCCAGCAGACGCUCGCGACCUGCCGUUCUCCUACAGCUGACAAGAGCUUGCUUGUGACUCGAAUGGACCAGCUCGAGGCCCUACUGACAGCACGUCAGGAGAGGGAGAUCCAGCUGAAGAUGCUCAUCACCAGAGGGGAGGCAGUUCAGAGGAACACCUCCGCAGAGGGAGUGCCCGUGGUCCGCAAACAGAUCCAGGACCUCAAAGACUCCUGGGAUGCGCUUCUCUCUGCCUCCAUACAGUGUAAAAGUCAGCUGGAGGGUGCCCUGUCGCAGUGGACCAGCUACCAGGAGGACGUGAGCCAGUUUGAGGCCUGGCUGGAACGAGCGCAGGAGAGUCUGGGGAGCUCAGAUAAAGUCUACUCAGAGAUGAGGGACAAGACCGCCAACCUGCGCAGGGCCAAGUUGCUCUAUGAGGAGGUGCUGAGUCACUUCAGCCCUCUGGAGACCAUCGCUACAAAGGGCUCCAGCAUGGCGGAGCAUUCUGCCUCCCAGCAGGAGAUCCGCAAGCUUAAUGAGCAAUACGGGGCCGUCAAGGACAAAGCCAAGGCUGCGGUCAGCAAGGCAGAAGAGCUGGUUCUGGUCCAUCAGGAGUACCAGCGAGGCCUGCACAUGUUUGAGGACUGGCUGGAGCAGCAGCAGAGCAGUCUGGCUGUCCUUUCACCUCUGGAUGGUGACGUGGACACUUUGGAGAAGACACAGAAAGAGCUGGUACUCCUCCAGUCCUGCUGUUCCGAGGGCCACACCUUGCUUAAGUCUGCUCUGGCGAGCCGGGAGCGGGUCAUCCCCUGGGGCGUCCCCCAGAUUGAGGACCGUGCCCGGGAGACGGCGCAGAGAGAGUGGCAGGCCUACCAGGACAGACUGCGGGACACCAGGGUCCAGGUGGAGCAGGCCGUCAUCAGACUCCAGCAGCUGGAGGCUCGCUUCCAGACGCUGGACCGAUGGCUUGUAGACCUCGAGCUCAGAGUCAGGCUGAGGAACCACCGACGCUCUGAUCCCGCCACUAAAGACGUCCAGCUGCAGCAGCUGUUGCAAUGGCAGGUGGAGGCUGGGCAGAAGCUGGUGGAGGUCGAGGGCCUCAGCUGUCUUGCGCAGCAGGUGGUGGAGGAUGCCCAUGUCAGUGCCCGGGUUAGCGCCAGGGUCACUCAGCUCAAUGCCCGCUAUCACUCUCUGCUCCUUCGCAUACAGGAUACCAUCAAACAGCUUCGAGAGGAACUCAGGAGUGUCGCCGAAGCUCAGAAUGCCCUCGGAACCUUCUCUGAUUGGCUGAGUGCAGCAGGAGCGGAUUACAAAACAGCCAGUGAGCGCAAGGAUGCCUGGGACCACGGCGCUAUGGAGAAGAAGAUGAAGAUGUUGGAGUCCCUACAGGGGAACAUGGAUCAGGGCCAUGCCUUGUUGAAGAGCCUGCACGAGCGGGUGGAGCGGGCAGCCUCCUUCCUGGACCCCAGCGGGGCCUCUGAGCUGGAGAGGGGGGUGCAGGCCGCCCGUUCCCAGCUGGAGGAGCUCGUCCUGGGCCUGCGUGCCGAGCACGCAGCCACGGAGAAGAGCGUCCUGCUCUACAAGGAGUUCCAGGAGCGCUGGCAAGCCCAGCUGCAGUGGCUGAAGGAGACCAGAGCUCUGUUCAGCUCCUCUGUGGAGCCCAGAGCAGAACUCUACCAAAGAAGAGCCCAGUUGGCCAAGUACAAGGCUGUGGAGCAGACCCUGCUGUCGCGGGACUCUGCUGUGAGCUCGGUGCUAGAGAAAGGGGAGGUGCUGCUGGUCCUCCUCCAUUCUCCCUCCAUCUCGGAGAACAUGAAACAACUGCAGGUGGAGUACCGUGAGCUGCGGACCACCGCAAGGGUCCAGGUCCAGAGGCUGGAGGGACAUGUGAAGAAGCAGGAAGCAUAUCACACCGAGCUCCAGGAAGUGGAGCGUUGGCUACUGCAGAUGUCCAGCAGGAUGGUGACCCCUGAACCCACUCCAGCCAAUGGACUGGAAGCGGCCACUCAACAGCUGGCCAGACACAAGGCCAUCAUGGAGGAGAUUGCGAGCUUUGAGGAGCGUCUGGCAGGGCUGAAGGCACGGGGACAGGAGCUGCUGUCUGGCUGUGGCGAGCGCACGCAGGCCCGCCUCCGCCAGCGCACCCAGAGCCACCUGCAGGGAGCCCGGGACAGCUAUUCAGCCAUCUGCAGCACAGCCCAGCGUGUGUAUCAGAGUCUGGACCGUGAGCUGCAGAGACAUGUGAGCCUGCGAGAUGCGUUGCAGCAGUGUCAGACCUGGCUGUCCAACAUGCAGGAGGAACUGCGGCGCCCUGCGCAUACACCACGCUGCCUGGAGGAGGCGCUAGUCCAGGUGAAGCAGGAGCGGACGCUGCAGGAACAGGCCAGCACCUACCUGCAUCUGGUGUGCUCCACUUGCGACCUGUCUGACGGGAAGGUCCAGGAGACUGCUGCUGAAAUCCAGCAGGUCAAAAUUCAGAUUGAAGAAAGGAUGUUGGAAACCCAAGAACUGGCAGAGAGAUGGAGGGCAAUCCAAGCCCUGCGCUCUGAUCUUGAGUCUCGUCUUCGAGAAACUGAGCAGCUCCUUCAGAGCUUUCUGAGGAGGCCAGCAGAACUUGAGCCAAAGGUUGCCCAGAAUCAGCUUGACCAAGCACAGGACUUUAUCCAGGAGAUUCAGGCCAGGCAGGCUGACCUUACCCAGCUGAGAGAGAGCGUCAGCAGGCUGAUGGCUGGGCAGGAGUCCCCUGAGCUGGGUGAAGUGGCUCGUCUGCGUCGGGCUUGGCUAGACAUGGCAAAACAGGCUGCCGAGCUGCUGGAGCGCAGAGAAGAAGAUCUCCAUAGAAGUGGGGACUACCACGAAUGCUUCAGUAUGGCAGAGGAGCUGUUUGACCAGUUGUCAAAGGAAUGGGAUAAUCUGUCCAGAGGAGACACGGAGAGCACGGCAGGAUGCUUGGAUGCCUUGAAGAAGUUGUCUGUUGAUCUUCAGGACCAGAGGUGUGUGCUCGAUGACUUGAGAGAUAACAGGAAUGCAGUCCUGCCACACCUCGGCCUAGGGGACAAGGACCUUGUCAAAGAGCAAGUGUGCUAUCUGGAGCAACGUUGGACCCAGCUGGAAACGCAGGUUCAACAAAAGAUCCAGAACACCGUUCAAACCCUUGAAGACCUGGGUCAUUUGGAGGACCAGUUACGGGAGAUCCAAUCUUGGGCCGAAAUGCAGCGGCCUUCCCUCUCGGAGGUGCUGAGAACGAGUCCCCCUCCAGACUUGGCACAGAGCUUUUUGUUUGACCAUUUGAGCUUUUGUGCACAGGUGGAGGCCAAGCAGCAGCUCAUGACACAGUCUGCGUCCGAGUCUGAGAGUCUUUUAUCUCACCUGGGCCUGAAUGAGAGCCGGAAACUGCAGGACUUGGUGCAGGAAGUGCAAGCCCUGGUCGAUUCCCUAGGGGCUAAAGCAGCUCAACACCGCAAAAGCCUUAGAAAAGUGUUUACAGAGAGGACGCAGUUCCUCCAGGCCCUGGAUAGGGCAACUAGCUGGAUCAAACAGCAAGAGCAAAGGGUCCUUGCAGACGAGCAUGUAGCACUCCUACCAGACGAACUCUCCAAGCAGGUGUCUACUUGCAAGAAUAUUUGUAGCAGCCUAAGGGCCUACCAAGUGGAGCUGACCUCUCUUUGGGCACAGGGACGUGAGUUGGUGAAGGACACUACAGAGGAGGAGAAGGCCGAGACCCUUCAGAGGCUCGAAGAGCUGCAAGGAACUUUCGAGGCAUCCCUCCAACAGUGUACGCAGCACCUGCAGCAUCUGGAGAAAGCGCUGGUCGUCCGGAAGUACUUCAAAGUGGAUCUGGACAGAGUGUGUGAGUGGCUGCGAGAGGCAGAGGCAGCCGCGUUCGCUGUAAUUGACCUGGGCGGGAGUGAUGAGGAAAUGCAGAAUCAAUUGGCUAAAUACCAGCAGCUUCUGGAUCAUACUUCAGCAUACGAGAACCUUUUGCUCAUCGUCCAGAGGGCCGGACAGGAAGUUCUUCCCACCCUAAACGAAGUUGAGCACUGCUACCUUGACGAGAAACUUAACGGCCUUCCGCAACAAUACAAUGCCAUUCUUUUGUCAACCAAAGAGAGGUGUGAGAGGAUCCAGAGAGCGAUUUUGGAACGCAGGGAAUUUGAGACUCUGAUAGAAGUGACACGCAAGGCUUUGAAUGAGCUUCAGGAGCAUUGUGACACUUUAGAGAAACAGUCGACCAGUCAGAGUUAUGAGAAUGGGGAAAGGUUGCACACUGAGUAUGGAGAACUCCAGACAGGUCUUGCGAACCUUUUCCAAGUAAUGAAGGAGCUGAGGGAUAAAACUCAUUAUUUCCACAGCACAGGACGACCAUAUGCACCCGAGGUCAUUGAUCAGUUGGCUAGCCUUCAUAACACACUCAACCUCGCGACGAAGCAAAAAGUGAAACAUCUGAACAGCACGUUCAGUUUGCUGGGCGAAUACAAGGCUGUGAUGGUAAAAAUGGACAGAGGUAUGAGUGAAAUCGAGGAACGUCUAGAGAAACUUUAUUCUGAGGAGCAAGUAGAUGCCAUGGGGAGAUUAUCUAGAUUACACACUAUGGCCAAAGAUUUAGAGAUUAUAUCUUGUACAGAAAGCCUAACUGAAAAAGUAAUGGGAUCAAGCCAGCACAUUGACCCCAACACUCUUCAGACUCAGGUCACCUCUAAGACACAGCUACAGGCCUUAAAAGCAAGGAUUUCCAAAUGCGUUGAAGAAUGUGAGAACGGCGUGGGCAGAAGGCAUUGUUUCCAGACUGAGAUCCAAGGAACCUUGGAGUGGCUCGAGAAUCUUAGAGAUAAAUUAAAAGGUUCUUGGACUCUCCGGGAAGCUAAUGUUCAUGUCGUUGAGAAUGAGGUGAGGACAGCACUAGCUCUUCAAAAAGAAAUGGAAUCUAGGCUCCGGUUGUUGGAUGUUUUAAGCCAAAGUGAAAGGCAGCACUACGGCCUCGAUCACCAGCCAGUGCCUAGUCACCUUGAGUCUUGUUUAAGAAAUGUUGCAGAGUUGGAGACUGAGGUUCGGCAGGCACUCACAGCCAAACAGGAGGUCCUGCAGUCAGCCCUGUCUCUGCUACAGAAGUAUCAGUGUGCCACAAAGUCUGUGUGCCAGUGGUGUGGGGAUGCUGAUAAUAUCCUAAAAUCUAGCCAGGAAUUAGAUUUGGAAGACCUCACAGAGCGCCUCGAGGAAAUAGAAAGAGUGAUGGUCCAAGAACAGACCCUCAAGGAUGCGAUGAAGGAUACUGAGGUCCUGCUCCCACAAAUGGAGGGCUUCGUGGAUCCUGCUGUUCUCGGGGAACUGAAACAGGACUCCGAGACUUCUUGUCGACGGAGUGCAGAGCUCAUGGGCCAGCUGAGACGUCGCCAGGAUACCUUAAAGAGAUGUUCUGCUCAGUGGAGAUCAUUUCAAAAAGAGAGAGAAGACGUUAUAAAGCAAAUGAGUGAAGCUGAGAGGAGAUUGGCAGCGUUUAGCACAUCUAAGGCAAGUUCUCUUCAGGAAGCUGAGGACAAGCUGCACUCUCACCAGACCAUCAUAUCGCAAGUAGAGGCUUUUGGGGAAAAACUGAGCCAGCUGAAAGAACAGACGGCACAGUUUGACAAGGUUGUGUCGAGUGCCAUCGUGUCUCAUUCUGUCUGUGCACUGAGCUAUCGGUGGACACAGCUGAGCUCUGAGGCCAGCGUGCAGGAGAAGGCUCUCAAGGACACCGUGCGUGGCUGGAGGUGUUUAAGAGAGAAGCUGGAGAAGAUGAGGGCCGUGUCUGAGGACUUGCACGGCCGCGUUCCUGACAGCGUGGUAGAGAAAGCAGCCAGCAUGGUGGCCUUGCACAAUCUCCUAGAGUACCACGAUUCCUUCAGCCGAGAGGUGGACAGGGAGAGCAGUGCGCUCGCCCUCCUAAAGCAUCACGCCUUCAGCCUGCUCCUACGCCGCAACGCUGCAGGACUGUCGUCACCCAGCAAACAACAGGCCACACUUAGCAACCUGUCGCCCAGACCUACCAACCAACCAGGGACACCCAGCACCCGUUUAGCCACGCCCAGUAACCGAAAAACCUCACCCGGCAACGAAUCGACGUCUCCCAGCAACCAGACAGCCUCGCCUCACAGCCGCUCAGCCUCGCCCAGCAACCAGGCACUGUUGCCCAGCAACCGUACCAGCACCAGAGAAGACCUUUGUCUGCAGGAGAUUCAGGAAAUGCAGGACAAAUAUGAGAGGUACAGGAUGUUUAUUAGGCUGUUACAGCAGGUGUGCGUGAGCCGGCAGCAAGUGCAGGUGGAGCUGUUGGAGCGGGAGGAAGUGGAGAAGGCUCUGGGGCUGGUCAAGGGCUGGAUCCAGGACACACAGAGCCUGCUGCUCAGCCCCACGGCAGACCUGGACACGCUGCUCUCUGAUCUGGAGACAGCCCAUGGUGGUGUGCAGUCGCAGCGUCAGGCUCUGGAGCAGAUUGCAGACCAUCAGCAGAUGAAAUACAAAGAUCUCCAUGUCACCCUGCCCACUGAGAUCAGCACCCAGCUGGCACAGGUGACACUAGCGCUGGGCUCAGCCGAGGAUCAGGUGCAUACCAAGGAGCGGGAAGUCCAGCACAGCAGGAAUGUGAAAGAAGACUUUAAUGCCAGACUGCAGGGCAUCUCCGAGAAAGUGAACGCCAUCUCCAUGAAACUAAAGCAGAAGUCUGUAGAUGUAGAGGAAGCCAAGGAGGAGACAGAGACUCUGUGUGAAGAGUUGGAGGACUGCUCUCACGCUCUGUCCGAGCUGGAUGUGGCAGUGCAGGAGUUUGGGGAGCAGAACCCUCUGUUAGCAAGGCAGCUGGGCGCUACCCUUAGCCGGCUAACUGAGCUCCACUCCCAGACCAGCAGGCUGGCCGAGGGGAGAACCAGUCGCAUCAAAAAGGCGGAGCAGUACUUUGAGGAGUUUAACGAGAUGCUGACCUCGGUCCUGAACUGGACAGAAAAAGCCGAGACCCUUGUCUCGGCCAACGUCCUCUGGAACCCCCCCUCUAUGAUGCAGGAGCAAAUCAGAAUGCACCAGGCGUUGUUGCGGGAGUGGCGGAAGCUCCAGGGGAAGAUGGAGGGCCUGGUGCAGCGAGUCGGGCUGCUGGCAGAGGUGGUGCAGACAGAAGCACUCCACCACCAGGUGGCGGAGCUGAGCCAUCACGCCGAAGAGCUGCAGCAGCGUGCCAAGACGCGUUUGCUGAGCCUGCAGGACGCCGCCAAGGACCUGGGCCGGCUGGAGAGCGAAGUGAAGGGCCUGCACCAGUCUAUCGAGAGAGUGCAGGAGAUCCUGGCCUCACCCGACCUCGCUCGGCUCAGCCUCCGGGAGCAGCUGCUCCAGAGACAGAUUCUGCUAACGGAAAUGGAGGGAUUUAAGGCGCAGGUGCAGGCUGUGCAGAUGUGCAUGAGCGCCCUCCAGCUGCCAGAGGAUGUAGUGGCAGCCUUGCCACUGUGUGUCACUGCCCAGAGUCUGCAGCAAGACAGCAGCCAGCUCCAACACACCACCAUUCAGCAGUGCAAUAUACUGCAGGAGGCCAUGGUGCAGUAUGAGCAGUAUGAACAGGAAGUGAAGAACCUUCAGAAGCUGAUUGAGGAAGCCCACCGUGUUAUCCAGGACCGGCCUGUUGCUACGGGCAACAUCAAGGAGCUCCAGACCCAGAUCCAGCACCAUGAGGAGCUGGCCCAGAAGAUAAAAGGCUACCAGGAGCAGAUCGCCGCCCUGAACUCCAAGUGCAAGAUGCUGACGGUGAAAGCCAAGCACGCCACCAUGCUGCUGACCGUUAGCGAGGUGGACGGCCUCUCGGACGGCCUGGAGGAGCUGGAGGAGGAGGACGAGGAGAUGGCCAAGCACCCCUCUACACACCCCUCCGUCGUCAUGAUGACUGCAGGUCGCUGUCAUACUCUCCUCUCUCCGGUAACGGAGGAGUCUGGUGAGGAGGGUACCAACAGUGAGGUGUCCUCCCCUCCUGCCUGUAGGUCCCCCUCUCCUGGGCCUAGUGCUGAUGCCUCCCUUAACCAGGCCACAGGAAGGGCCCUGCUAGGCCGCGCCCCUCUGCAGGAGCUGUUCGACCCGUGCAUGGAGUCCGCCACCUCCGCUAACCUGGAUGACCUGCAGCGCUCAUGGGAGACGCUGAAAAACGUGAUCAGUGAAAAGCAGAAGAGUCUCUAUGAGGCCCUAGAGAGACAGCAGCACUACCAGGAGGCUCUGCAGUCCAUCUCCACCAAGAUGGAGUCCGUGGAAUCCUCCCUCAGCGAGGGCCUGGAACCUGGCAAGAGCCCCGAGAGCCAGAUGGCAGCACACCAGGCCCUGAUGGACGAGGUCCUGAUGCUUCAGGACGAGAUCAGCGCCCUGCAGGAGUGCUUCUCGGAGGAGCUGCAGCAGGACGACGGCGGCAGCCCGGAGCGGGACGCGGGCGACCGGCUGGCGCUGCACUCCACCCUCACCGUGCUGGGUGAGCGGAUGGCAACCAUCCGCAUGAAGGCCUCCGGCAAGCGCCAGCUCCUGGAGGAGCGACUGAACGAACAGCUGGAGGAGCAGAGGCAGGAGCAGGCCCUGCAGCGUUACCAUAGCGAGGCAGAGGAGCUUGACCAUUGGCUGCUGAGCACCCGUGCCACGCUUAGCUCCGCCCUUCGGCCACAUCCAGAAGACAUGGACAUGGAGGAGCAGCUGAAGGACUGUCAGCACAUGCUGCAAGAGAUCGAGCAGAAGGUGCUGUUCCUGUCCGAGCUGUCCGUGCACAGCGAGAGCCUGCUGCUGGAGGGCAAGGCGGCCACCCGCGGCGACGCCGAGCAGCUCACCCAUAAGCUGCGUGGCCUGAAGGAUAGCCUGCUGGAGCUGCAGCACAUCCUGCACGACAAACACACACACAUACAGGACUCGCUGCUGGAGCAGGAAGAGAAUGAGCCGGACCAGUCGCUGUCUCAGAGCCCCAGUGUGCUGGACUGGCUCAGCCAGGCCCGCUCCACUCGCAGCCAGCAGCACCAGGACUCCGUGCAGAGGCAGAGGGAGUUAGAGGCCCAGCUGGAGGACCAGAGGAAACUGAUGCAGUCCGUGGCCUCCCGAGGGGAGGAGCUGCUCUCGCAGCAAACCACGCCCAACGGAGAGAGCCGUGCCGUGGACAUGCAGGACUCGGCCGAGCAGCCCAAGAGCGUGAGCGAGGAGGUUCGGAUGGGAGCGAAGUGGGAGAACCUGAGCAGGGAUCUCCACGCCAAGCUGCAGCUGUUCCUUGACAGCGCGCACCAGGGGCAGCUCGGCUCGGUGUACCAGCGGUCACGAGUGUCCAGUCCGGCAGGCCUAUUCCGAGGGGAGCUGCUGAGCCAGGACAACCCCUCCCCCAGUACUCUUUUUGAGAAUUUUGGCCAAGCAAUGGAGGAAGUAACUAAGGCAGGGGGCGCUGAUACUAAAUGGGGCCAGGCUCUGGAGAAGACUCUUUAUGAGGCUGUGUCUGUAGCCUGCUGCUGGCUGAACAGCGCCGAGAACGGCCUGCUCUUCGGCCCCGUGCUACUCUCCGAUGACUCAGAGGCGCAGCUCUGCCAUCUUGAGGGCUUAAGUAAGGAGAUGAAGAAUGUUCGUAGGGAGGUGUUUAAGUGUCGGGAGGCGCUGGGAGAUGCAGAGUGGCUGGGUGGAGGAGGCGAUGGAGGAGGGCAUGCGCUGAUUGAGGAGGUUCUGGAGGGGUUGGAGGAGAGACUGAGACUGGCGGACCCGUUGAUGGAGCAGAGAUGUAACAGUAUCAGAGUCAGACUGCAGGAACACAUCGGCUUCCAGGCUGAAUUAAGGCUGUUAUUUGCCGCCAUGAGCGACUCGAAGCAGCAGCUGCUGCAGAAGAUGUCCGUGGCCCUGGAGCGCCCCGCCUCGAAACAGAUGGAGACUCUGGCGGAGGCGGAGGACAGUCUGAGGGAGUUUGAGCAGAGAGUAUUGGAGAUGAGGAGUAAAGGAGAAACCCUACAACCAGACCCGGUGUCCACACAGGAGCUGCUCAGGCUGCAGGACGUGUACGAGGAGCUGGUUGAGAUGGUGGGCUCGAGGCGGAGUGGUCUAAACCAGACGCUUGUCCUGAAGGCCCAAUACGAGAAAGCCUUGCAGGACCUGCAGGAACUCGUAGACACGGCCCAGGACAAGAUGGCCGCUGACCCCAAGAUGACUGUAGGCUCAGUACUUGAAGUUCAGGUCCUCUUGGACAAGCACAAAGACUUUUUCCAGGGCCUGGAAGCCCAUGUGGUGCUGACCCAGGCCUCCUUCAGACAGGUCAGCAGGACAGUGGUGCAACGGGAGGCACAAGCACUGGAGCAGACCGUAGCUCACGCACAGGCUGUGCUCAAACAGGCUCACAGGAGGGGGGUGGAGCUAGAAGGCAUCCUGGAGUCAUGGAGCAGGUUGGCGGGGGACUACCAGGCUCUGUACAGGCACCUGGAGGCGGUGGAGGGCAGCAUUCCCACUGUGGGACUGGUGGAGGAGACGGAGGAGAGGCUGAGUGAGAGAAUCGCUCUUUACCAGCGUCUGAAGAGCGGCCUGACGGAGCGUCAGCAGCAGCUCUACCAGGUCCUGGAGGACGGGAAGAGACUCCUGCUGAGUAUGUGUUGCUCUGAGCUGGAGGCCCAGCUCACCCAGCUGGGAGAACACUGGCUCAGCUGCACCACCAAGGUCAACAAGGAACUGCACCGCCUUGACUCCACCCUCAAACACUGGACCAGGUACCAGAGUGACUCUGUGGAGCUGGGCCAGUGGCUGGCUUCAGCUUUAGACCGGCUCGACUUCUGGAGUGCCCAGUCUGUAACCGUCCCCCAGGAGCUUGAGACCGUCCGAGACCACCUUCAUGCUUUUCUGGAGUUCUCCAAAGAGGUGGACGCCAAGUCCUCGCUGCGCUCGUCCGUGCUGAGCCGCGGCAGCCAGCUGCUGAGGCUGAAGAAGGUGGACACCGCGGCGCUCCGCUCGCACCUGGCCCAGGUGGACACGCAGUGGGCCGACCUCCUCACGCGCAUCCCCGUCGUCCAGGAGAAGCUCCACCAGCUGCAGAUGGAGAAGCUCGCAUCUCGGCAUGCCAUCACGGAGCUGAUGAGCUGGAUUUCAAUCAUGGAAAACACCAUAGAAGAAGACCAGAGCAAGAUCAUGGAGGCAGUGGGUUCUGAGAUGGUGCAGAACUACAUCCAAAAAUACAAGGGCUUUCGCAUUGACCUGUCCUGCAAGCAGCUGACGGUGGAUUUCGUGAACCAGUCGGUUCUUCAGAUCAGCAGCCAGGAUGUGGAGGGGAAGCGCAGCGACAAGACAGACUUUGCCGAGCGGCUGGGAGCCAUGAACCGCCGUUGGCAGAUCCUACAGGGGCUCAUCACUGAAAAGAUCCAGCUGUUGGAAGGUCUGCUCGAGAGCUGGGUGGAGUAUGAAAAUGGGGUCCAGACCCUGAAAACCUGGAUUGGCACACAGGAGGAAAAACUCAAGAAGAAGCCCAGGAUCGAGGACGUGGCCUCAGCCCAGAACGUGCUGAAAGACUGCCAGGAGCUGGAGGAGUUGGUGAAGGAGAAGGAGAAGGACCUGGGGAAAGUGGGGGAAAAAGGAUACCUGCUCAUCCGCCACAAGGAAGGAGAGGCCUCCAGUGCUGUCAUGGAAACCCUUAAGGGGCUGAACCAGUCUUGGACCAACUUGGACCAGCUGAUUGGGCAGGUAAAGGGAAGUCUGCGUGCAGUCCUAGAGCAGUGGAGCCUGUACAAGCGCGCGUCUGAGGAGAUCCAGGGCUAUCUGCUGGAAGGCCACUACUCCAUCUCCCGGCUGAGCCUCCUCACCGGCUCCCCAGAGGCUGUGCUCGUCCAGGUGGAGAACCUCGAGAAUCUCCAGGAGGAGCUGGAAAGUCAGGAGAGCAGCCUGAUGAAGUUCGGUUCUCUCACCGAGCAGCUGCUGGGAGACUGCCACCCCUCAGCAGCCGACGCCCUCCACGCAGCCCUCGCUGACGUCAACCACAGAUGGAACACGUUGCUGGAGCAGAUCGCGGACCAGCUGAGGAGCAGUAAGAGUCUGCUUCAGCUGUGGCAGCGCUACAAGGAGCUCCAUGAGAGCAGCAGCGCAGACGUCCAAAGGAUAGAGGAGAGGGCGGAGUGUUUGCUCAGCAGCGCCAUGCAAAAGGAGAUCGCAGAGCAGGAGGUGAAGGCCUGGAUCUGUGACUGCAAUGACUUGCUGAAGACCCACGGCUCAGUCCUGUCCACCCUGCAGCUGCUGACAGAGGUGGAGGAACAGCUGAGGCAGCAAGUGGAGCCAUCUGCUAUGGCAACUUUUCACACAGACUAUCUGUCACUCAGCCAUCGCCUGGCAACAGUGGGACACGCCCUGCAGAGGCAGCAGUCUCUGCUAGAGGCUGGCGUGAAGGACUACGAGAGCUUCAUGGAGGAGCUGGACGCUCUGAGCCAGUGGCCCGAACGAGUGGAGGAAGUUCUGAGGGAGUCGGAUCCUGGCAGGUCCGCGGACCUCCCCUCUCUGCAAGAACGCAUGGAAGUGCUGAAAAACCAGAUGCUGAAGCUGAGCCUCCUGUCCCCUGACCUGGAACGUCUGAACGGCGUCGGCUACAGGCUUCCCCUGAGUGACCAGGAGAUCAGGCGCCUACAGCACCUCAACAGGAGCUGGACGUUUGCCUCAGCUCAUGCCACAGAGAGAUUCAGUAAGCUGCAGGCCCUGGUUCUGCAGAGACAGAGCUUCCUGGAGAAGUGUGAGGCCUGGAUGAACUUCCUCACACAGGUGGAGGGGAAGAUGGCUGUUGAGAUCUCUGGGAACUACGAGAGCCUCCUGGAGCAGCAGAGAGAGCAUGAGCUGUUUCAGGCUGAAAUGUUCAGUCGGCAUCAGAUCCUCUAUUCCAUUAUUAGUGAUGGCCAUCAGCUGUUGAAUCAGGGACAAGUGGAGGACAGGGACGACUUUGGCCUGAAGCUGGCACUGCUGAGUAACCGGUGGCAGGGCGUAGUGCGGCUAGCACAGCAGAGGCGCGGUGUGAUCGACGCGCUCGUCUGCCAGUGGCGGCGCUACACCGAGCUAUCGAAGAAACUGCGACUCUGGCUGCAGGAGGCGUGGCUGGAACCGAAGGAGGAGGAGCCACAGGGAGGGAGGGUAGCGCUCCAGCAGGCCCGUCGGAUCCUGGACCGCAUACAGCUGAAGGAGCGGGUCCUGCAGCGGCAGCAGGGCAGCUACAUCCUGGCGGUGGAAGCCGGACGGCAGCUGCUGCUGUCGGCGGAUGCCCGGGCGGAGGCGCUCCUGCAGGCCGAGCUCACGGACCUGCAGGAGCGAUGGAGGGGCGCCAGCAUCCGCCUGGACGAGAGGAAGAAGGAGUUGCUCUCCCUGCUGAAGGACUGGGAGCAGUGUGAGAAAGGAAUUGCUGCGUCACACGAGAAGCUGCGGGCGUUUAAGAGCAAGCUCUCUCUGCCCUUACCCGAACACCAUGAAGACCUGCACAGUGAGCAGAUCCGCUGCAAGGAAUUAGACGGGAGCACAGAGGGCUGGGCUGAACACCUAGCUGCCCUGUGUAUGCUCAGAGACUCUCUCUCAGGGGACGUUAGCUCUGAUGACCUCACCGUGCUGCAGGAAAGGUUAGAGCUCCUGCAGAGACAGUGGGAGGAGACCUGCCACCAGCUGGCCCUGCGAAGGCAGCAGGUGAGUGAGAAACUAAACGAGUGGGUCCUCUUUAAUGAGAAGAACCGGGAGCUGUGUGAGUGGCUCACCCACAUGGAGAGCAAAGUGUCACAGAAUUGUGACAUCACAAUUGAGGAGAUGAUCAAGAAACUGACCAAGGACUGUCAGGAGGAGAUCUCAGUGGCGAGGGAGAACAAACUGCAGCUCAAGCAGAUGGGGGAACGACUGGCCCAAGCCAGCCAGGAGAACAAGGCGACCGAGAUCCAGUACAAACUGAGCAAAGCCAACGAGCGCUGGCAGCACCUGCUUGACCUCAUCGCUGCCCGGGUGAAGAAGCUGAGGGAGACUCUAGUGGCUGUCCAGCAGUUGGAUAAGAACAUGAGCAGCUUACGGUCCUGGCUGUCUCACAUCGAGACCGAGCUCUCACGGCCCAUAGUGUACGACACCUGUGACACAAGUGAAAUCCAGAAAAAACUCAGCCAGCAGCAGGAUUUGCAGCGGGACAUCGAGAAGCACAGCACGGGUGUGGCAUCUGUGCUGAACCUGUGUGAGGUGCUGCUGCACGACUGCGAUGCGUGCGCCACAGAGACGGAGUGCGACUCCAUCCAGCAGGCCACGCGUGGCCUGGACCGCCGCUGGAGGAACAUCUGCGCAGUGGCCAUGGAGCGCAGGCUCAAGAUUGAGGAGACAUGGAGGCUGUGGCAGAAGUUUCUGGAUGAUUACUCGCGUUUCGAGGACUGGCUGAAAGCGUCUGAGAGGACAGCAGCUCUCCCCAACUCUUCCGGUGUGCUCUACACCGUCGCCAAAGAGGAACUCAAGAAGUUCGAGGCAUUCCAGAGGCAGGUGCAGGAGUGCCUGACCCAGCUGGAGCUCAUCAACAAGCAGUACCGGCGUCUGGCCCGCGAGAACCGCACAGACUCGUCCUGCCGGCUACGCCAGAUGGUGCACGACGGGAACCGGCGCUGGGACACGCUGCAGCGGAGGGUCGGCGCCAUCCUGCGCAGGCUAAAGCACUUCAUUUGCCAGCGGGAGGAGUUUGAGACAGCUCGAGACAGCAUUCUCGUGUGGCUCACCGAGAUGGACCUGCAGCUUACCAACAUAGAGCACUUCUCUGAGUGUGACGUCCAGGCCAAGAUCAAACAGCUGAGGGCGUUCCAGCACGAGAUUGAGCUGAAUUCUGGGAAGAUGGCAAGUGUGUUCAAGCAGGGCGAGGCUCUGAUGGAGAAGAGUGAGCCUCUGGACGCCGCCGUUAUAGACGAGGAACUGGACGAGCUACAGAGAUACUGCAGAGAGGUGUUCGGCCGCGUGGAGCGCUACUACAGGAAACUCACGCGCCUGCCGUUUACCGAUGAUGAGUAUGAUGGUUCAGACCGCGAGUUUGAACUGGGAGGGUCAUGUGACCUCGCCGACCUCCAGUGGGAAGAAGGAAGCAGCAAUAGCAGACCUCCCUCUGUUACCAUGGUGCCUCUUCAUGCCAGCUGCUCAGGCCGAGACACCCCUGCUAGCGUAGACUCGAUUCCCUUGGAGUGGGACCAUGACUAUGACCUGGAACCCAUGGGGCAUACCAUCUCAUCGCCAAAGAGGGGGCAAGGUCAAGAGGAAGAUGAAGACAUUCUAUGCAGUGCAACAGCAGCUCUCACAGACAUAGUGAUCCCCGAGAGCCCUGAGGCUUAUAUAAAACUGACAGAAAACACACUGAGGUCUUCCUCUGGUGAGAACGCUCGUCAUGUACUGGAGUCUCACAGCCCCAGCACCUCAUACUCGGGUUAUAUGCGGUUGAUGGGAGACUGCCGGGGCAGUAUAGAUGCUCUGAAGAGAGCAGAGGGAGAGCUGGAGGAGGAGGAGGAUGACCUGCCAGGACUUGGAAACCCUGUCAACACAGACACACAGAGCACAGGUGUGAUCGAACGCUGGGAGCUGAUUCAGGCUCAGUCCACCAACUUAGAGCACAGUCAGAGUGAAGACCUGCUACUAUGGCAACAGCUCACCUCUGAACUGGAAGCUAUGGAGGCACAGCUUAGCCAGACAGAAGAGGAGCUGGCCAAGCUAAGAGGAAAGGACCUAAGCACAAACAUCCACACCAUUGAGCAAAGAAUCAGAAAGUUGAAGGAGCUCCAGAGGGUAAUGGAUGCCCAUAAGUCCAAAGUCCUGUCCAUCAACUUGAGCGGCGCUGGCCUCCACCAAUCAGACUCGGAGGAGAGCUGGAAGCUGAGAAGCAGACUGAAGGAGAUGAACUCCCGCUGGGACCGACUGGGCAAGACACUGCAGCAGUGGAGAGGAGCGCUACAGGACGCUCUGAUGCGGUGCCAGGAGUUUCACGAGCUGAGCCACGGCCUACUGCUCUGGCUGGAGAACAUCGAGCGCAGAAGAAAUGAGAUCGUUCCCAUCUCAAAGGCACUGGAGCCGCACACCUUGCAAGCCCAUUACAGAGCACUAGAGCAAAUCCAGCAGGAGCUGUGCGAGUCCGAGCAGAGGGUGGGCAGCCUGCAGGAGCUCUCCGUGCAGCUCCUGGUACAGGCUCAGGGCAGCGAGUGCUUGGAGGCCCAGGAGCGGGUGCACGUCAUCGGCAGCCGCCUCCGCCUGCUCCUCAGGGCCGUGGCCUCCGACCUUCGGUUGCUGGAGAGAGAGCUCCGCGCCCGCGGAGUCACACAGGACACGUCCGCUUGGUCGGCCCCCGACGACGUCGAUACGUCCGGAUCGGCCAGCCCAGUGUCCGUGGUCAGUGCGCCUGUCGAGCACCAGUCGGUACAGCUGCCCUCCCUUCCCCUUUUGCUCAUUGCACAACAGCUACGGGGCAAAUGUAUUGUAUCAGAACCCGGAUCCUCGGCCAGCCUCCCGCGCCGCAGGUGCCCCAGGGACUCUGCCGGCGCUUCCUCUCGCUCUGGUUUCUCCGGGCCACGAAGUGGCGCUGCUGCCGACCGCCGCCAGCCCUUCCUCCUGCGGGUCCUGCGCACGGCUCUGCCACUGCAGCUCCUGCUGCUGCUUAUAGUGGGCUUGGCCUGUCUGGUGCCCAUGACUGAGGAGGACUACAGCUGCGCAAAUGCCAACAACUUUGCCCGCUCCUUCCACCCUAUGCUGCGCUACACCAACGGCCCUCCGCCCAUAUGAGCCGGCCACUGCAUCGAAUUCAGACUUUGUUCAGGACACAACGAAACCUAACAUAUAAAACUCGUGUAGAACGACUGACUGUUAGCCAAAAUUUAUUGUCCUUGUAAAGUUAAAUGCCGCUGCUUUUUAAAAAAAAAUAUUAGUAAAUUAUUAAUUGCAAACUAAAGUGUAAUGAGGAUCUCCUAAUGAUGGAUAUGAACUGUAGGAGAGAAAUCAGCAAACCUCCUCUCCUAAUCCUCUGGGAAUGGGGACAAAUGAAGAAACGUGAAUCUGAUGUAUACUGUAGCACUGACGUGAUCUUAUUUCAAGGUACUGCACUGACACCAUCCAAAAAAAUGGCCAACAUCGCUGAAUCUGAGAAAAUGGUUUUCAUUUUACAGUUUUAUUUAAGAGUAAAAAAAAUCUUCACUUAAAGUGAUUGUAAAAAUAUGAAAAUCUUCACUUAAAGUGAUUGUAAUAAGUAUAAAGUCCUUUAGAUAUGGAGCUUUUGUUUUAGUGCAUUGCUUUUUAUUUUUUUAUGUUAUGGCAUGCGGUUCAUGGUUUUUGAAACACGCCAAUCUCAGAGUAUUGCUGCUCUGUAGGAGGCAUAAACUUUUAUAUAUAUAUGAAGGUAACUAGCUAGAUUGGCUAGCUCAAUAGGUGGAUAGUGUAUAAAAACAAUUCUAAAAUUGUCAGUGCUUAUUUAUGUAUGUACAGUUUGCUAAUACUGACAGUAAAAAAAUAUGUCUUUUCAUUUAAUAUAUACAAACUAUUACUCUGGGUCAAUCAAUUUACUUUUUGUGUGUGUAACUCAAUGAAGCAAAAUGUUUGUAUUCGAAACCAGAAGAUUUUUUGUUUCUUUACUAAUUUUAUUUAGUGCCCAUAUAAACAAUCAGUUUGUGAUAUAUAAUCAGGUUUGUCAAUCAACUCUUUAUAGUAUUAUAAAUUAAUAUAUAAAGGCACAAUAUACAAAUGUAAUGGAGAACCAGAUAGCUAUGAGGUCUCACUUGAGCUCAUAAAUGCAGUGUAUUUUUUUUUAUUUUUUUUAGUAUAUUGCAGUAAAAAGACAAACACCACCACUGAAAAAGUCAUCAGAGAGUUGGGCACAUCAUAGCUCAACCGUUAUGGUCAUAAAUUAGAGGCGAACAUGAAUGUGGUUCAUUGUAAGGCAUAGAGGUUUUCACUACAUCAUUCACUACAAUGCUGGGUGAGGAGCGGCACACGCGGCGACCGUGCAGGCGUAGGGUUAGGGAAGGUUUCACGUUUCACGUUUAAAGCCUUAUUCUGCCACGCUACGACAGUGCAGCAAUCACAGCAAAACCAAGGCACUGGAACACCGGAGGAAUAGUGACCGAAAACCCAAAGGUAACUCGGCAAUCUCCUCAGAAUCCUGACUAUAUACAACACUGCUCUUAUAGGACUUGAGAGGAUUUGACCGGGGGGGGGGUUGAGCUUCAGAUUUUGUUCUUUUUUUUGUUUUUGUUUUGUUCCAAGUUUAAUCUGAGGAUGUUAAAAAUGUAGGCACUUUUUUUUUUUUUUUUACUCAUAAGUCACAGAUUUAGGAAACCUGAAGGAAAGUAGCUUUGAACAGAUGUACAUUCUUCUGUUGGGUUAAAAUGAAGUGAUUUUUUUGGGGGGACGUAGGUGGUCACGUGCAGCUGAG